GGGAUUCGUACGUAGCACAUUCGUAUGUUCAUGUAAGUGAUACACGAAAAGUACAGAGAACGAAUGAGUCAAAAUGGCCGAGAUAGAUGAGGUGGAACAGGGUCAGCGUAUUCUUGUUAUUUGGUCAGGAAUUGCUCCUCCGAAAAAGAUAGAAGAGCUCGUGGUUCAUUUAAACUCAUCAGUUGGAUCUACGGGUAUUGUUGCCGUCGAGAAUGAGGAAAGACUGAAGUUAUGUAAGUAUUUUAAGAUGUUCUGAUGAGUCAUAAUGAUUCCCUAGUUAUUCGAUAUUAUCGUCAAACGAUUUCGGCCGAUUUAUUUCUUGAUAGGUGGGGUUUUGGAUUUCAAAAGAACCAUGCCUAGAAAUUCACUUUGAUAUGAUGUGCGAUCUUCUGUUAAAUGAGACAUUUUAUAUCAAGACAUGAAUCGCAAUGGGAUCGCCUCUAAUUAUUACGUAGUAUGACCUGAAGUUAAAUAUAGAGAAAAUAGUAAGUAAUUCAAAUACUAGUUAUUGAGUACUUGAUGAGAUUAAAUCAUGAGCCGUCAAGAUGGCUAUAAUUAAUGGAGUAACAUCAGAAUAUUGAAUAAAGACUACCCAAUGUUAAUUUCUGUCAAUCUACUGUACAUAGUAGAUUAAUUGAUUUGUUACAGAGGGCACUCAGUCAUGUGGGUAGUUAUCUUCUCUUGAGGAGUAAAUGUAUUGAUGAGAUAAGUUUUAAUUCCUUUUUUAAGUUUUUUCUCAAGAUACUAGCAUGAAUGGAUACUAGGAAGUCAACACAAGUCCAAAAACUAAUAUUCAAUGAAACUGAGAGGCCGUUAGCUUGGCACAGUUUUGAUUACUUGUUUACUGGCCUGGUGUAUUCUAAAAGCAUUUUAACAAUGUUCAAAAUGAUUUUUUCCUUCAGCAUCUCAUCCAGAAUCUUCAUUUGAUGUUGUUUUAUCUGGGAUGAUGUUUCCUUCCUUCCUGGUUCAUGGCCUGGACACUCUGGCAGAAAUUGGUAGAAUUUUAAAGCCCAGUGGAAAGUUAACUCUUGUAGAGCCUGCAGGUAUGUUUAUGCUGUGGAUAUGGUCAAGGAACUUAACUUGGUGCAAUGGUGCUUAUCUUGACCACUUGCUAAUUGUGUAUUUAAUGAAAUAUUCCUUCAGGUUGACAGGGGAUCUCUCAUUGUUGUAUGUUUUGAAGCCUCUAUGCUAAGAAUAUGUCUUAUGAUUACAAGAAAAGUUUUAUGUACAUUGCUAGCAUAAUAAAUUGAAUUACAAAAAUGAUUUGAUUUUAAGUAUUAUUCUUACACAACUUUACCCUGUAACAUUAAAACUAACAAUGUAUUCUGGGAUUUGGUUCAUGGAUACUCUGUUGAAAAUGUAAUUUGCAUUUGUCUAACUUUUGGAAAAGAAAAGGUCUUUUUAUCCCUAAAUGUUUAAUCUUUCACAUCAGGAACAAGUGGAGAUCUGAGGCCUUCUGAAAAACUAAUAUCUGCACUGAAACUUUCUGGAUUUGUUGAUAUUUCAGUAGUAAGUACUGUAAAUGCUUUCAAUUUUAACAAUAAAGUUCCUCACAGUUGGGUGUUGUGACUUCCUUUUGGACUUUUUACUUUUUUAUUUUUUCAAAAUGAAUGGAUAUAAACAAAGAAAGCAGUAUAGAGGUUUCGUGUGUUGAGUCUCAUUUCCCAUUUCCCUUGCUCUAUCAUGGUUUAGAUCUGGUUUCAAAUAGCUAGGAGGAGGUUCAUCCAGUAAUUUUAUUUACAUAAUUAUCAAAACAACUUUCCUCUACAGCCAAAAGAACUGAAUUUGAGUGCAGAUGAGAGCACUGCUUUCAAGGAGAAAUUUGGAGAUGGGAAAGUCAUUCAGGUAAGUCAAGUGCCCUAUGUAUAGUUUGUAUUGUGGUAUGUUUCACUUAUUUUUCUCAAAGGAAACAGAAACAGAGUGUAUGCUUAGCCAGUUUCUUUUAUUAUUGGUUUGUUGAUAAAUAUCUUAGGAUUUAUCUGAUUUUAUUUUAGAUCUCUGCUUUCAAACCAAGUUUUGAUGUAGGAGCUAGUUCACAACUUCCACUUUCUUUCAGAUCAAAGGCUGGUCAGUAUUCAGAUUCAAUAUUUGCUGUUGUGCACAUUUCUCUUUAGUUGAAAAUUUAAACUAAGGAAAAAUUUUUAAUCAAAACUUAGAUUGUUACCUUGGUUAAUUUGAAAGUAAUUGUGGGAAUUAAAAAAUAACAUGAUUUUGCUCUUACUGGUGACAAUUUCAUCAUAUGUCCCUGUUAUCUGUUCACUCGUCAUCUCUUUCCUGUGUUUGUGUGGCUGUAUUUAUUUCCCUACUUUCCACUUUUGUCCAGUUUUAACUAAUCAUGAAACAGAGAGGUUUCUUAACAUUGUCGUUGUUAUCAUUCUAAAGUUUGUCAGGUGCUUUGCAUAAGAUUAGGCAAAUUUCUUUAAUUGCAUGUUUUUGUUCCAAUUUUGUCCUCUGUAAUUUGACUAUUUAUUUAACAGCUUUGAAGCCAAAGGUCAAAGAUGAAAAUGUGACCAAGAUUUGGACUUUAUCAGCACAAGAUAUUGAUGAUGAAGAGAUAGUAAGUUAUUCAUAUAGCAUUUGAGGAUGUGUCUUUGUUAUUAAAAUUAAUUAUCUGAAAAUGGUUCCAAUUUGUCAAAUAUCAUUGUUAUUUCAUUCACUGGUUUGUGGAUAAAUGUUUCUCCGUGAAUUGUGGUUGUCAUCAUAAUUUUAUUCCUUUCAUAGGAUAUUCUUGAUUCAGACACUCUUCUUGAUGAGGAAGAUUUAAGAAAACCAGAUCCUGCAUCACUUAAAAGUGUGUUUUACUCCUUCUUAUGUGUAGGGCGAAUAAUAUAUAUUGUAUAUUACUUUUAAAAAAAUGUGUGAAAAUACUUAUUGUUACUGGUCUUACUGGAUAAUUGAUGAUCAGUGAUGUUCACUACAGGACGCUGUGUUUGGAUUUUUGUUUAGAGGGUAGAGCAGAGGUAUUUGAAUUGAGCUGCUUGCUUAUGACAUUGCAUUACAGGUGAUUGUGGUACAAAUAAGGCAGGCAAGAAAAAAGCUUGCAAGAAUUGGUAUGUUGCAUGGUAUCUCUCAAAUAUUUUUAAGUAAUAUGUUUUUAGAAAAGGGCUCAAGAAUUAUUCUCAAUGACGAUAACAAGGGAAUUUUGGGAGGCUGAAGGACUCAUUAUUGUAAUUACCAAAAGUAUAAACCUGAAAACAUGACUAAUACAAAGUUUUUACAUUUCUUUAAACCUUUUCCUUUGGUCACUGUUGCAUCAAUUGACAAAAUUUCAGGGGUCCUUUUUUUUUGUACUUUUUAUGAAUGAAAGUCCCAAAGGCAUGUUGUUCAUCACAACUGUACUUACCAUCUGCCUCACAGUGGUUUGGUCUUGUUCACUUGCAGCACAUGCGGUUUGGCUGAGGAACUUGAACAAGGAAAGACGCCAGCAAAGAAAACUGUGACAUCGUCAUGUGGGAGUGUGAGUCCUCCCUUUUUGGAAAAUGGAAAGCACUGACUAACAUAAAUUUCUCCUGGUUUCCAUCCCAUUUUCCCACGUCGCCUCCUAUUUAAAAAAACAGUCUUAAAAUGGGGUCAUAUUCAUUCUUAUACAAAUAAGUCUGUAAGGAAAUGUUUAAUAAUAUUUUGUGGUUAUUGGCUUGAGUCACACAAACACAAGUUCAUGCUGGGGUUAGACUAACAGGUGAUUGUGCAAGAGAAGUCACAUUUGGGCCCUUAACACGUCUACAAUAAGAGUUUAGGGCGCUAGUGCAUUGGAGAUUUUAGGGAGACUGGAGAUGAGUGGUAGUGCAGUGUUUGAAUGAGUAUCCUCAUCUGACUAAUUCCUAGUUCAGAUUCAAUGGUACACAGUGAUAUCUUUUAUCAAAGAUAAUGAAUGAGGCCUUAGUGUGGUGUUUUUCUCUUUGUUUUAAUAGUGCUACUUGGGAGAUGCCUUCCGCUGUGCUAGUUGCCCUUACUUAGGAAUGCCGGCCUUUAAACCAGGAGAAAAGGUUGCACUUACAAGUCGACAGUUAAAAGGAGAUGUGCAGUAAAAAUUACUUCCGCAACUGAAUCUGCAGAAUCUCUUCAGAUGCGAAACGCAUCCUCAUUACACUUUGUAGUCUUACAGGAUGGCUCUUUAAAGCUGAUGCAUAUGGGUACUUUGAUUCUCGGAUGGCGGACUUCGUCAGUUGAUGUAGCUGUGAGAUUACUGUUACGUUUGUACUCUAGACUUAAAGCAAUUUUAAAAUACAAUUUCCAUUUCGUAUGACGGUUUAAAGAGUGGUACCACUACUCAAUGAAGAAAUAUAUUACUUAUCUUUCGCAUUGCUUCAGUUGAGCAAGAAACCAACUUAUUUAAGCAGUCAGUUGUAUUUCAUAUUGAUUUACCAUCGCAAUAAACAACCGGAGAUCUUGGGAGGAAACUAAAUAAGUUUGCGAAUAACGAAUCUAAGGCGAUUGAUGGAUCUCCAUUUAACGUAUUCAUUCGAAACCUAAACAGCUAUUACACCAGUGAAUCAACUAGUGGGCUCUUGCCUCUAAAUGUUUCAGUUUUCUGUGGGAUUACUGUUUUUAUGCACGACAUGUUUUCACGUUGCAGAACAUGCGUAGUCACGUUAGAAACCUCAAUAAUAAACAGAAAUGAACUCAAUAAUUAUGGGCUGUCUUAAAUAUAAUGAACUCUAUACUUAACCAGCCUGUAAGUGAGGCGCAUCCUCGUCAGUUGCGAGUGGUGUUCUUCAGCCCGGCAAAUUAACAGGUAAUUAAAUGGAACAAAGUCUCAUUGUAACGAAUCUUGGUGCAACGCAUUAGAAGACCUGUGGCCUUUGCCUCAAUAAUAAUAAAGUCUAUAACAUGACAGAAACGACA